UUUAUUAAAGCCAAACGCUCGUGGAAAGCAGGCGCUUUGAAUAAUUGUGUGUUUCAAGUUUUAUUAAAAUAACGCAAAUAAAGUGUUAAAAACUGCUUAAAAGUAAGCAAUUACUAGAACCAGUGUGCUUCUUUCGUCAGGAGCAAAACUGAGUGCCAAAAAAUCGACAGAAUUUACCUGCAUCGUUCAUACAACCGAGCACGUAGACAUCUCGUUGUCGUCAGCAUACAUUUAAAUCGGAGCAGCUGCAUAACGUGUGGCGUCGCCAAGAGAAAAUCUCUUGUCUGCUUUGCGCCUGUUCCUCUUCUCCAGCAAGGGUCGCAGCCGUAAUAGCUACAACAACAAUAGUAAAAGUUUCUUAAUUCCAGUUGCAAACUCGCGCAGCAAGUCAGCCAGCCAGUCGUCCAGAGUUAAGAGUUGCAGCUGUAAAAACGCCGGGUAGUUACACUUUUCCUAAACAAACAUAUAUAUCUGCCGGUUGUAGCUCGCUGCCAGCCGCCUGCUGUCUGCAAAUUGAGUAUCGCUGUGCAUAUCGUCAAGGUUUUCGUGCUUAUACGUUUCAGUUCAGUCUCUGAGCGCACAUCCAACAGUCAUCAUCGCAACGCAUCACCAUCACGGAACGCGUAUAUAUCUGUAAUUUAUAAAAUUGUUGUAUGUACUAUAGCCACCGCCGCUCGUAUCAACAUUUGUGGCAGAAGCCAACUUAAACGCCAGCUCUAAUAUCAUCUAGAACGUAUAACUGCUUGUCUGGAGUUUUCGCACCGUUGAGGAGUUAUUGGAACGUUCGUCUGGCUGCUUGUUUUUCGCAUCCACACAUCGCUUUCAGUUCCGUUUGGUGUCUGUGUGCGUGUGUGUGUGCACUUUUGUCCGCCUAUACGCGCCCGUGUACGAUAGUUGUGUGCCGUGCCGUUUUUCAGUCAUCGUGGUCUUUGUCGUCGUGUCCAUCGCCGGUUCCCGUAUCCGUAUUCAGUCGUAAUCGUCGGUAUUGUAGCUGUGGUCGUGAAUAGCUUGUCUCUGGAAUUCACUGAGUCGCAUUUUCGUUUUGCAAAUUUGCUGCUAUCUUUUUGCCACAGUUUUGGAAAAAGAACCAAAGUGAAAAACCGAAACUCAGCUUCGAUCUCCUACACAAAGAAUAAUAACUUCGUCGUCAUUGUGCAGCGAGAAGAGCAGCGAAAAAUUUAAAAGACACAUUGCCGGUUGCGAACGAACGUCGUUGCUGUGUCUCUAUAUCAUCAUCGAAUUCGUAGUGGUGGCAAGAGCGAGCCAGCCAGCCUUAACAGCCGUUGCAGACGCAGCAGGAACACGAAGUAUUGCGAAAUUGGUUUAGUUUUUUUUUUUUACAUUUUGAAAAUUUAAAAAAGGGGAAGCUACCGAGAGUUAAACAGUCGGAGCUAGUAAAAAUUUCCAUUUGCUGAAAGACAGACAGUUGCUUGCAUCCCGGUUUUCUUCUCGAAUACCCUAGAAUAAAUGGUUAAUAUGGAAAACGCUGAAGAAGUUAUGCAAAUUUUGGAGCGCUUCACGCGACUCAAGCAAAAGGAGAUACCUAAGGAGCUAGACGAUUACUUGCAGUAUGUGGCGAAAACUGGUGACACAGUCUUCAAAUGGUCCAGUCUAAAGUAUCUAUUCCGCGAAAAGCUACUUAAUGUGAUCAAGCAUUUCCACGAUACCUCGCCUCGUGUAGAUGAGAUUCCUCAGUAUCCGAAUGUCGAUCCUUUCAACUAUGAGAGCAUGAAAUCGUCGCUGUUGGAGCGUCUGGAAUUAUUCAAUGCCGCACCAUUUACCAUUCAACGUUUGUGCGAGCUUUUGAUUGAUCCGCGUAAACAAUACAGUCGCAUUGAUAAAUUUAUGCGUGCUCUGGAAAAGAACAUUUUAGUAGUGAGCACCAUCGAACCUGGCCGUAAGCGUACUGAAAGUGAAAACGGGGAUUCAUUGGACUCUGUUGUUAACGGUGAUUUGUCGCUGGACGUCAAUGUCGACAUCGAUAUGGAGAAUGAGUCGCUUUUCAACAUGGAAACGCAAAACGGCAACGGUACUGGCAACGGCAACGGUACAGCAGCAGCAGCUGAUGGCGAGGCUUCCCAAGAGGCAGCUGAACCUAAAGAGAAGCCGGCUGUGACUGAGACGACCGCUGCUACUAAGCAUGCCACAACCGACGAUGAUAUACUGCCAAAUCCGAAGAAGGCAAAGCUGGAUUUAGAUGCGAAAGAAGAAGAAAAGGCUGCCGACAAGACUGAAGGAGAAGAGAGCAGCACAGCUGUGGCUAAAGAUGAGAAGCAAUCGAAGGUGGACGAUGAAAAGCCUAAGGAAAAUGAUAAGGCUGAUGGCGAGGCCGAAUCUGAGGUGGCUAAGCCAGCUGUAGAGGAUGCUGAAAUGCCAGAGGUUGAUAACAAAGAAGUAGAAUCAAAGGUUGAGAACGAAGAGCCGAAAAAGGAAGAGAAAGAAGAAAAGAAAACGGUUGACAAACCGCCAGAAAAAGAAAUAGAGAAGGCUGUAGAGGCAGAGGUUGAAGCUAAAGUGUUGCCAGAAGCCAACAAUAAGCAGAAAUCUGAAGUCAAAACUGAAGUUGACGCUGCUAGUUCCGAUGAGAAAAAAGAAGUCGAAGAAGUGGAUGCGGCUGAGAAGAAAGAAGAGACGUCAGUGUCUGAAGCUGAGUCGAAGUCAGCUGAAGAAGAGGAGAAGAUAAUUGAAAAACAAGAGAUUGAAAAGGGUGAAAAGGAAGUGGUUGUGGCAGCAGCUGCCGUAACAACUGAGAUCGCCGAAAAAUUGGUUGAGCCUGAAGAUGAGAAAGCAGCCGCUGAGGAAUCGACUGAAACUGCUAAGGUAACGAAAGAAACCAAGGUGCCGGUUGCCAGUGGUUGUGAUAAGGACAGCGCUAAAGCCACAGAGAGUGUCGAGAAGGAACCGGCGCCUGUUAAGUCAGAUGAGAAUGAUGCUGAAUCUAAGGCAGAAGUUUCGACUAGCACACCAGAAAAGGAAGUAGAGAUUGCGCCACAGACAACGACUGCUGAAGCUGUAGCGGUUACCACUACUACUGACAAGAUAGAAUCAGCUGAGGAUGCCAAAGCCACAGCUGAAGAGACCGAUUCCACUGCCACGUCAACAAAAGAACCCGAAAAGACUGAAAGUACUGCUGAAGCCGCUGUGGAAGAAGUGGAAAAGCUAGAAAAGGAGCAGAAAGUUGAAGCUUCUGCGGCUGCAACCAACGAGGCAGAAGCCGUGGUCUUAAAAGAGCCCUCUGUUGGGGCUGUCAACAAAUCCAAUGAGGAGAAGAAGGAGGCCAAAGUCGCCGCAUCACCUGCUAAAACAGCUAAAACCACUAAAACCGAAAAACCAACGACUGAUGACGGCGCCGCAGCUGUUACUGACACUGCCGCCGUUGCCGCUAGCGAAAGUGAAGUUCCAGCCACCGACGAAGCAGUACAGAGCACCACUGCUGAUACCGUAACCGCAGCUGAAGAGAGCAGCGCCGCCGCACCUGCUACCACUUCAGCACCAGCCGAAGAAUCAGCCGAAGCCAUUGCUGCAGUUCCUGAAGCUACACCCACGCCAACACCAACAGCUACAAAAAUUCCAACACCGACUCUAGCACUCAAUGACCAGCCAAUGGACGAUGUGCCGAUCGAAGAACCCCAAUCCGCUGUCGAUGAAGUUGUUAUGGCCGAGUCGAAUGCCGCUACUGAAAUGGCCACUGACGCCAACGAGCCAACAGCACCGUCCAAGGACGAUCCGGCUGGCAUGGAGGUGGAUGACACUAGUCAGGAGGCAAUGGAUCAGUAAAUUAUUGGCAGCAUAACAAUUUCACACAAUAAUAUUUUCCACACGCAUAUAAUACGAUAAAAAAAUAUUUUAAUUGUGAGACACGUCGACGACGGCGAAAAUGCGACGCGAUGCGACGCAAAGCGAUUCUUCAUACUUAACACAUUUUUUUUUUUUUUUGAAUAUGUAGCGGGUUUUUAGGCGCAUAAGCAAAAUUACAUGAAUGUGUAAACAAAAUUUGGAUGUAAGUUAAUUUAAACUAUGAAGAAGAACAAGAAAAAUUACAAUUAUAACACUAAAAACAAAAGAAAAAGAGAUAAAUAUAGUUGGCAGCAUAAAAACCCGAUUAAAUAUUUAAACAUACAUACAUAUACUUUACACAAUAAGCAGCGUACUUGUAACGUUCCGUUCCGUUCCAUAUGGCGAAUAUAUGUUUGUAACACCGCAUGGACAACGAGCAACAUAGUUUUGCUUUUGUGUACAUUCUUUAAAUUUAAUUUAAACCAAAAUGAAUUAUUUAACAUGGUAUUAAAAAUUAUUCAUUUUAUCUACUUUUAUUUGUUUAAUCAAAGCGCGCCAACAAUAUUAAAUGAACCAUUGAAAAAUGAAACAUAAAAACAAAAAUAAUAAAAUAAACUGCUUGGUUUUUAAUUUUGUGGUGCAACGAACACCGUUUUGAACAAAAUUUCUGUUUUUAUUAUUUACUUACUUAUUUUGAAUAAGAAUUGUGCUAAAAGAAUUUGCUGGAAUGCUGGAUAAAGGAUUUUAAGAGCAAAAUAGUAAUGCUGAUAAAUUUAGGCAAAACUCUACCUAAAAAUUUUUACAGAUUUUUAUAUUUUUAGCAUUGAAGUAUUUUAAACUUUUGGCUGUGAGACUUUAAAAAAAAAAAUAAUUGCGUAAUUUUGAUUCAUUGGACUUACGCGAAUCACAAAACUGUUGGGCUAUAACAAACAGGCUGUGUUCAGAAAUGCAUCCCGCCAAAGCAUCAGCCUCAUUUUAUCUAAACUACAAGUGAUAGAAAGGCCUUAUUUGCGCAACUAAAUUGAUGCAUUUCUGAGCACAACCAUAGACGUUACUUAACUGCUGCUUGACUCGAAUAAAUGAUUUUUUUUUUGUUUUCGUUGUUGUGGCAGCAGUGCUCAAUCAGUUUGGACUUGUUCUAGGGUCAUAAUAAAAGCGACAAUACGCAGCACUGAUGAAAAUUUGCAACACUCUUGCAACUGCUCCAAUGAUACAAGGCUGCUAGAAAUUCAAAUCGGCCGUGACACUUUAACGGCUCGCGCAAUACUGCGGUUGUUAUUGCAACUCGAACAAGUCUUUUGUCUAGCGAUUGCAGAUGGUGUGCAUAUUGGGGAAUGCAUUCAGACCAAUGCAUGAUAAGUAGCACCGUAGAACCUAAUAGCAGCGAGGAUUUGAAUUCAGAAAUUCUUAUUUGCGCCUUUCUUCAAGUUGGGUCAGUUCGGAAAUUCAAGACGCAGUAUCACUGCAGAUGAUUAAACUCUUUUAUUCCUAAAUUGUAGAUCAUAUCAAUGCCGCAAUUUCGCAAUUUAGUUCCAAUUUGGCACUAAACCGUGUUUGCGAAAGCUAGACCAUAAACUGUGGGUUUGAAAUAAAAGGGACUGUUUUUUUGUAGUAAGGCAUUUACGAACUGACGCAUUAUGUUGGUUGGUGCCCAACCAACUAGCGGCAGUAUUUUCUCUAUCUGCCUACAUUUAAGGGUUAAUGUAGUUUGAAUAGCAUUAAAUAUUUCCCAAAAAAAUUUUGGAGAAUGAUGUUGCAUUGGCGGUCCUGGGACAGACAUAAAUCUCGGCAUAACAGAGUUUUGGGAAAUGUUGCCUAAGUUGCAGCCCUUUGUAAGCAAUACAUAUGAAUCGUUCCGGUGGGAAUGGCUUUCGAUAAAGAAUAAAAAACGAACCUAAAAAUCCCACACGGGAAGAACAUCGUACACCGAAAUCUGCGGUUACUCAACCCGAAUUGCUAUGAAAUUAACUAUAACUCCGUAUUUUUGUCUUCUUUGAAAUUACAUUAAUGAACCAAAUAUCUUUGAGAAACAAAUGUAAGGGCUGACCACUUUGUCAGUAAAAAAAAAGUUACAUAUUUAAUAAUAAUGUGCAAGUCUCUCACUGUCAUUGGGCGCGUUCCAUUUAUUGCGAGGUGGAACAAAGAAAAACGUGUCUCCAUAGUUAACUCCGUGCUUUGCUGCUACAGCGACUAAUGGUGAUUUCGUUUCUACCAAAAAAUUUCGACUUUUGAUUGCCCGUUUCCCUUUUCGUAUUCGGUUCUAAUAACUAUAAAGACAAGCGGUGAGAAAUGUCACACUCUUUUAAGGCAAAAAAGGCACAUUCCCUGCCCCUUGAAGUUUUGUCAGGGGUGAUGGUUGACCUCAAAAUCAGAUUGUUGCUUAAAACGACAAUAUUAUGAAUUGCGUGAGCUACAUACUACUCGUGCUAUUACUCUGCUUUAUAUAUAUAUAUUUUUUUAUUUCUAUUUAUUUUAUCACAAGACCACCUCAAACAAUUUAUAAGUUAUACUUUUAACACUUCCUGAAAAUAUUACAAACAGCUUUGAAUUUGCUAAUUUUAUUCGUACAGUGUUAUCACUCUACUGUAAAGCACUUGCUAGCACAAUUCUUAACCUAUUUUUUUUCUUAUCUUUUGCUUAUUACAUAUUCUGAUGACUUCCAAUCAACAAAAGUUCCAUACAUAUAAGAAUUCUUUUUUAAUAAAUUGCGCCGGAGCAUUGCGUGAAAAAGGUACCAUGUUAUGUAAAACUUUUAUAAUUACAUAAAUAAAAGAAAAUAGCAUUGAGUAUUUCAUUUUUUACAACAGUAAUAUAUGUAUACAAGUAUAUAUGAUUAUCGUCAUCAUAACCGUUUUUUUUUAAAUGCAAAAUACGUUUUUAAAGCAUACUUUUUUCGAGAGCAAUUAAAGUUCAAUAGUGAUAAAAUAAUUUGGCGCACAACUUGUGGCAGUUGGGUAUACAAAAAUGUUUCCAAAGAAAUAUAUUUGGCUUGACGCAACGAAAAUAUUUAAUAAGGAAAUUGAUCUAUGCACCUUGAAAGGUUUUUCCCUGCGGAAAGUGUGAAUGAAAAUAUCAUUUUGCAAAGUAUUUAAGGUUUAAGGUUAAGUUUUCGUUUCUACAAAAAAAAAAAAAAAAAAAAAAAAUCCGCCUUUUCAUUGUUACUUUCUCUUUUCCGGUGGGAUAAUUUUGUGUUCGCUUCUUAAAAUGUCGCACUGCAGCAAUGAAAGAAGGCACAUUUCUGCUCUUAGAAGCUUUGGGAGAAACGAAAACACCAUAAAAUACGUUUUAUGUUUUAACCAUCAAAGGUUUGUUUUUUCACUAUCAUUUCAAAAAAAAUGUCAGUAAAAU